GCGCGGCUGGCGGCUGCCGUUACGGCGCGAGCGUGGUCACGUGGUCGUUGGUCACCGCCGUCGCCACCCUUCCCGCCCUGUUCUCUUUCUGGUCGGGCCGGCGGGUUCCACGAGCGCCCGGCAGAGACUGAGGGAGAGAGAGAAAGAGGAGGGGAGGAGGAGGAAUCAGGGAGUAGGAGCUGGGGAGCCCUUCUGCGCCACAGACCUGGUCUACAGCCCCUUGUCUGAAACCCAUGGUGGCAUAUGCAUCUCAGAAGUAAAAAGUUUUUGGAAUUUAGAAAAUUGUAUGAUGGAUAUGCUGUAUAUCAUGAAGCCUCCUGUGGAUAGAAAAUUUCCAAAGACUUGGUGAAGAAAGACUUUGUUAAUGAAGAAGAUUUUUCUGAUAGGAAAAAAUCAGACAGGCUGUAGCACUAUUAUACUGUCUUUGCUGUUCUUCCUGCAGCUCAGUUGAAGGAGAACUCAGCUGACUUUUAUUUCUUGAUUCCCCUUUACUUCCUAUUUGCCAACCGAGGCUUGUAUUGGGAGAACUCUGUUGUACUGAGCCUGAAGUUAUCUUUGACUCGUAACAAGAGCAUGCAUUUUCAAGUGUCAGUUAGAUUUGUGGAUCAAUAAAGUUCUCCUGAAAGGUAGUCACUUUUGGUGACGUUGUCCACUUUUCAAAAUGUAUCAUUCCUUAUCUGAAACUAGACAUCCUCUGCAGCCAGAAGAACAAGAAGUGGGUAUUGACCCCUUGUCGAGUUACUCAAACAAGAGUGGAGGGGAUUCAAAUAAAAAUGGAAGAAGAACAAAUUCUACUUUAGAUUCUGAUGGGACUUUUAAUUCCUAUAGGAAAGAAUGGGAAGAACUAUUUGUAAACAACAAUUACUUGGCAACAAUAAGGCAGAAGGGGAUUAAUGGGCAGCUGAGAAGCAGCAGGUUCCGCAGCAUUUGCUGGAAGCUAUUUCUUUGUGUUCUUCCUCAAGAUAAAAGUCAGUGGAUAAGUAAAAUUAAAGAAUUAAGAGCAUGGUAUAGCAACAUCAAAGAAAUACACAUCACAAACCCAAGGAAGGUUGUUGGCCAGCAAGAUUUGAUGAUCAAUAAUCCCCUUUCACAAGAUGAAGGGAGUCUUUGGAACAAAUUCUUCCAAGAUAAAGAACUUCGAUCAAUGAUUGAACAAGAUGUCAAUAGAACGUUUCCUGAAAUGCAGUUUUUCCAGGAAGAAAAUGUGAGAAAAAUUCUUACAGAUGUUCUUUUCUGUUAUGCUAGAGAAAACGAGCAGUUGCUUUAUAAACAGGGCAUGCAUGAGCUCUUAGCUCCUAUAAUCUUUAUCCUCCACUGUGACCACCAAGCUUUUCUUCAUGCCAGUGAGUCUGCACAACCAAGUGAGGAAAUGAAAACUCUCUUGAACCCCGAGUAUCUGGAACAUGAUGCCUAUGCCAUGUUCUCACAACUUAUGGAAACUGCCGAACCUUGGUUUUCUACUUUUGAACAUGAUGGUCAAAAGGGGAAAGAAACACUGAUGACUCCCAUCCCCUUUGCUAGACCACAGGAUUUAGGGCCAACAAUUGCUAUUGUUACCAAAGUCAACCAGAUCCAGGAUCAUCUACUGAAGAAGCAUGAUAUUGAGCUUUAUAUGCACUUGAACAGACUAGAAAUUGCACCACAAAUAUAUGGGUUACGAUGGGUACGGCUGCUGUUUGGACGAGAGUUCCCCCUGCAGGAUCUCCUGGUGGUCUGGGAUGCCUUGUUUGCAGAUGGCCUCAGCCUGAGUUUAGUGGAUUAUAUCUUCAUAGCCAUGUUACUCUACAUCCGAGAUGCUUUGAUCUCUAGUAACUACCAGACCUGUCUUGGCCUUCUGAUGCAUUAUCCACGAAUUGGGGAUAUACACUCACUGAUCCUUAAGGCUCUGUUCCUUCGAGAUCCAAAGAGAAAUCCAAGACCAGUGACUUAUCAAUUUCACCCAAAUUUAGAUUAUUACAAAGCACGAGGAGCAGACCUCAUGAAUAAAAGCCGGACCAAUGCCAAAGGCGCUCCUCUGAAUAUAAAUAAGGUAUCUAAUAGCCUGAUUAAUUUUGGAAGGAAGUUGAUUUCUCCAGCAAUGGCCCCAGGCAGCACAGGUGGCCCAGGAGGCAAUAGCGGCAGCUCCUCCACUGCCGGGGUUCCCACCAGGAUGUUAGCAGAGGCUCCCAGGCAUCAUCUGCAACAGCAGCAGCAGCAGCAGCAGCAGCAGCAGCAGCAGCAACAGCAGCAACAACAGCAGCAGCAGCAGCAACAGCAGCAGCUGCAGCAGCAGCAGCAGCAGCAGCAGCAGCAGCAGCAGCGGCUGAUGAAAUCAGAAAGCAUGCCAGUGCAGUUGAAUAAAGGCGAUGUAGUUACAGGAAGCGAUGCUCAGGUUUCUGUUCCUGUCCAGACUCUAACUGACCUCCAAGGACAAAAUUCUAAAAACAUCAGUUCAUCUCCAAGCAUUGAGAGUUUGCCUGGAGGAAGAGAAUUCACUGGUUCCCCACCUUCGUCUGCUACUAAAAAGGAUUCCUUUUUUAGCAAUAUCUCCCGUUCCCGCUCACACAGCAAAACUAUGGGCAGAAAAGAAUCUGAAGAAGAAUUAGAAGCCCAGAUUUCCUUCCUUCAGGGACAGCUGAAUGACCUGGAUGCCAUGUGCAAAUACUGUGCAAAGGUGAUGGACACUCAUCUUGUAAAUAUUCAAGAUGUGAUAUUACAAGAAAAUUUGGAAAAAGAAGAUCAAAUUCUGGUCUCCUUGGCAGGAUUAAAACAGAUCAAAGACAUUCUAAAAGGUUCCCUGCGUUUCAACCAGAGCCAGCUGGAAGCCGAGGAGAAUGAACAGAUCACCAUCUCCGAUGACCACUACUGCUCCAGUGGCCAGGGCCAAGGCCAGAGCCAGAGUGACCAGACGCCUGGGGCCACCAAGCAGGCCUCUUCAGAAGCAUCAGGGCACACGGAUAGAGGGAGCUCAGACGACUUCAUCCUGGUUUCCAAGGAAGACGAGGGGGUCAGUGCCAGGGGCUCCUUCUCGGGCCAGGCCCAGCCUCUUCGCACCCUCAGAAGCACAUCUGGGAAAAGUGAGGCCCUGGCCCGCUUCCCGCUGGUGUUCUCCGACCCUCUGAUGGGCCCGGCCUCGGCGUCCUCCAGCAACCCCAGCUCCAGCCCCGAUGACGACAGCAGCAACAACAGCAAGGACUCCGGCUUCACCAUCGUGAGCCCCCUGGACAUCUGCCAAAGUGCCCAGGCCACCCUCAGCAGCCCCGAAGCCCGCUGAGCCAAGCCCUCUGAAACCCACGCUUCUUUCCCAGCAUGCAUGUGGCUUUGGAGCAGCCCGUCGGAACCUGGAGAGAAGCUUUAGAGCCACAGGGCGCGCAGACUGAUGUUCACGAGAUGCAGACAGGCCUUUUCGGGCCAGCACCCAACCCCCGCUCCACCCACCCCAUCUCACACGCACUGUCAGAAAAGACCAGACCGCAGUCACAAUGAUUUUUCCUCUGUCUUCUGCUCCCCAACUAAGAAGGUGUGACAGCUCCAUCAGUUAUAUCUAGAAGAAGGAAGACAAGUUGGUUUCGAAUGUUCCUUCCCUCCGAGCAUCGGGCAUAGGAAAAUUGAUUGAUACCAAGAAAACUUUUCCUCUGGAAAUCUGUAUCUUAGCCGAUUUUAUUUCUUCCUUGGGAAUCCAUAUGGCAGAGCCAAAUGCAGCAGAAUGAGCUGGAACACCAGUGGAUUCCAGGGCUGGGAAAAAACUCAUUACUGACCUCUCAGAAAGUUACAGUGAUUUUUAGAAACAGGAUAAACUUAGGAAUCAUAUUUAGGUGUGCUGUGGUUUAGAUUUUUUUCAUUUGCUAAAGAAGACAUUUCUAAGUCUCGGGCCAGAUCUACUCUGGCCAUCACUGUCCCCCUUAAACAACUGUAUUUCACCUUUUUGAAUCUUUCACACCAAAAAACAAAAUCACUUUAAGCCAGUCUUUGUUGCACUGAUUUCAAAGGUUGUAAGAAUAUUGCUUCCUUGAAUUGGAAAAUUACCCUGACUUUAUGGGGUGAGCAUCUUUCAAUCGGUUUUCUCAUAAAGUUUCUGAAGUUUUGGGGCUAUGCUCACCUGUUGACUAAGGAGUAAAGGGAAAAAACCCAAUUAAUUUUCAUCCAGAGUCGGGAUCUCCCACUGGCCGUAAGGUAGCAGUAAUGGGGAAUUAGACCUGGUGUCCCUUCUCGGGGAACACGGCUUCCCACAGACAUUCCAGACUCCAGGAGGAUGCGGAAUUUCUGCACAGCCCUUCCCUUGCUGGGAGCCAGGCGUAGCAGCUGCUGGCCCAGGCUCAGCUGCAUCCCAGGCACCACUGCCAGGGCAGGACCAGGUCUGAUGUGCCAGAGCCUUCUGGGCUUCAGAACAGAAUAGAGAUUCCCUUGUCAGCUGCAGCUUCGGGAACCGUGAUGGACCCAAAGCAUCACGUUUCUCUCCUUAAGGAAAAGAGCCCUGAAAAGGAUACUUUUCCUCUCCUUUGCCUGCGUAGCAAUUGUAAUAGGAUGGACACCCUGCCCAUUUCACCUCCAUCGGGGGCAGUGGCCCGUGCCCUGGUGUGACUGGUUCUCUACACUUCUCCUCUGAGGACCACAAGGCCUGUGGACAGUGGAAGCUUCCAUAGCAGCAGUCGAAGAGCCACCACAUUUGAGAGGACAGACAUCACCUACAUCCCUGCCACUGCUAGCCAUGUAUUUCUCUAUAGACAAAUGUGAUAAUGACAUGAUUCCCCACUCACUCUCUAAGAAAAUGCACCGAUUAGCUCUGGCUCCUGACUCUGAGUGGUCUCACUGAGUAGGUUGCUGCCAAGUCCACAUCCCCUUGGUGAUAUUUCAUAAGCUCCCAACGUCCUCACACAGUGAGUGGCCUUGCAGCUGUGCAGAGAUUGUCGUUACUCCCUCUCAAAGGCUUGAGAACCUGUUGGCGUCUUCAGUUCUGAGGUGAAAGAUGUGAAGCCAUCCCAGCGGUCCCCAGGUCAGAGACUGGAAAAGGCCAUGGAGCUGGCUGUCCCCUGGCAGCUGGGCCACCAUCGUCUGCUCACUUUCAGUACUUCUUCUGCCCUAAGAGCUAGACUCAAGAUAGCAGUGUCGUUGGCCACACACCAGCUCCCAGAUGCCCACCACACUGACAGGCUCUAGGCUCGUUCCCUGUUUAAUGGUCAGUGGAACCUCCCAGCCCUGCCAGCACUCAGGGGCAGGUCCUCCGUUCUAUGCUUCCAUGUUGGCGCCACAUGAGAACCAGUGGGGUCAUCAGAGGUGUUGCUUCUAUGGCCCCCAACAAGCUGCUCCCUCAGGAAAGAAACAUACAAGGGCAAGUGGUUGCAGACGAUGCCACCCUCAAAUUCCCAUAGAUUCGUGGGGUAUGAGAAUUGAAUUUCUGUCUUAUCUUUUUUAAGUGACUUGUUUUUAUUCUUUAUAACUGAGCAUUGUUUGCAUUUUCAUUGGUUACAGUGCUAUUAAAGAAUUUACGUUCAUUCAUUUUUAUUUUAUCAGAUACUUAUGUUUAAUUGCACAUUUUUUUCAAUCCUGAAUAUAUGAAACCUUUUUUGUUUUUCUUUAACAAAUAUAAUCAUUGUAACCUCGUGUUUUGAUUAUUAGCAGUUAAAUAUAUUUUAUAUACGUGAAGUUUAGAUUCUCAUUGUCGUCUACAUUUUUUAUACAUGUCCCUGUGUUCAUGCAUUCCUCUCUGAUCAGUUUGGAAAUCUGAGUUAAAAUUAUACCUGUACAUUAUAUAUAAGAGUUACAGAUUAGAGAAAGAAAUUCCUUAUGUCUUCACCUUAUUUCAUUAUACUGGAUUCCUCUUGAAGGUUGACCUCCUGCUAAUGUUCUAACUGCAGUCUGGUCAGAAAUAAUGUCACUGCAGAAUGGAUGUAACUAACAAUAAACCAAGACCGCCCUGCGAUUUGCC